UCUGUGGCGCAUGCAGAGCGCAAACGGUUACAGAUUUAAUUGGUUAGAGAUCUUAGUAUUUUGUGUUUUGCUAAGUGUUUCCACAAUCAUUUCUUUCGAUCCUCGUGCGAUCACCGAUCAUAAGUAAAGAUGAUAACAUGGUCGCGAUAAUAUAUAGGAGCGUUCGCUAAUAUCAAAAUACGUCCGUAACGAUGCUAAACGAGACAGUUAAAAUCGCAUGCUAUCGAUUGAAGGUCUGAUUGGUUAAGCCAGUGUUUAACGCAAGUAUGGCCGCCCUGCCGUCACCUACGCAGGUGGCUGGAAGCCAUACCGCGAUAUAUGAAGCUUAUUACAAUCAGGUUGAUCCAAAUGGGCAGGGAAGGAUUGAGGCGAUGGAUGCUGCAAGAUUUCUUAAGAAAUCCCAGCUGAGUGAUGUUAUCCUAAGUAAAAUAUGGGAUAUGGCUGAUCCACAGUCACGUGGAAACCUGGAUAAAUCUGGCCUUUUUGUCGCUCUCAAGUUAUGUGCAUUGGCACAAAGUGGAAAAGAUUUAAAUAUGUCUAAUUUAAAUCUCGAAUUGCCACCACCAAAAAUGGGAGAUAUUCCUGUUAUCCCACAGAAGACUAUCACUAAUGCUCUGCUUGUAAUAACAUCCAUAAACAAUGGAGAUUGGUCGAUUAAUCCUGCAGAGCGUGCCAAGUAUGAUCUGCUUUUUGAUAGCUUACAACCAUCCAACGGAUAUAUAUCUGGGAAUAAAGUAAAAGGUGUUCUUAUGGAUAGUAAACUUCCCCUGGAUACCCUUGGGAAGAUUUGGGACUUGGCAGAUAUGGACAAGGAUGGUAUGCUGGAUAGACAUGAAUUUGUAGUUGCCAUGCAUCUUGUAUAUAAAGCAUUGGAGAAAUAUGCAAUACCAAGUGUACUUCCACCAGAACUAAUGCCACCUGGUAAAAGAAAAGAUAUUGUCAUGCCUAAGCCUAAAUCUCCUGUACCAGUGGGUGUGGCAUCGACAAUAUCAGCAUCGCCAUCGCCACAACCACCGCCAAUUCCACCCUUGCCGAAUGCAAUGCCGAAUGCGAUGAAGAGUUUGACUGGGUUAGACGCUGUAAAAACAACCGUGCAGGUACAAUGGGUAGUCUCGGUCGAGGAUCAAAUAGCCGCGGAGAAAUUAUUUUUACAAGCUGACAUGGACAUGGAUGGAUUUGUCUCAGGGUUGGAAAUCAAAGACGUCUUCCUACAAAGUGGACUUCCACACACCAUAUUAGCUCAUAUCUGGAGUUUAUGUGAUACUUGUCAAAGUGGAAAACUGAAUAAGGAGCAAUUUGCUAUAGCUAUGUGGCUUAUCAAACAGAAACUUAAUGGUAUCGACCCUCCGGCAAGUUUAACUCCAGAAAUGAUACCACCUUCAAUGCGGAAAGCUGGAGAAACUAUAGUGGAAAACAAUAACAUAUCAGGUUACUCAAAUCCAGAACUGGAUAUGAUAAGUAAAGACAUAGCAGAGCUUGUGCGUGAAAGGCAAAGCAUGGAGCAGGAUAUAGCGCAAAAGGAAGCUGACAUUAAAAUAAAGAAUGGAGAGAUUAAGAGCCUUCAGAGUGAAUUGGAUACGCUUGCAGCAACCUUGAAACAACUUGGGAAUCAAAAGGGUGAGGCGCAGAAGAGAUUAAAUGACUUAAAGGCACAGAAGGCUGAAGUAGAUAGAGAUUUGAGUGAAGUCGAAGAGAAGAUUUUGGAGGAACUGAAGAAGGUUGACAAGCUCCGUCAGCAAGCUGAGGAGCAAGAGUCAGUACUGCGGUCUCAAGAGGAAGAGCUGAACCUCAAGAGACAGGAACUCGAGGGUUUACGACAGGAAGAGCAACAAUUAGAGCAACAACAGAAUAAGAACAGGGACCAAUUAAACGAGCUCACAAAAAAGCUGCAGGAUACUCAACUGGAAAUCUGUCAAGCAAAGGCGAAGAUCACUCAUUUACAGGAACAGCAACGUCAAAUGAGCGACGCUAUUGCGCUUUAUGAUUCUGCGCUUGCCGCUGGCGACGUCGCUCUUGUACCUGAUACUAAUUUACGGUUUAUACCUGAGAUUGAAGAUAUAGAGUACCAAGCGACAACAAAGAACGCAGACGAAGUAAAGGAAGCGAAAACGGACGCUUUUUCUGAUAUAACUGUUCCUAACGUUUUGGAUGGAUUUGGAGAACAGGAUCCUUUCGCAACGAGUGAAGCCAAAGAAGCAUUUAAUGCACCAGUAUCCGAUCCAUUCGGAAAUGCGUUUUCCGCACAGCCAUCUAACGAAGGUUUCGGAUCCGAUCCUUUCACCGCAUUGGAUAAUAGCGAUACAGCGGCAAAGCAGGAUCCUUUUGAUCCGUUUGGCAAUGGCAAACAAACCGAUAAGAUACCUGCAACUGCGACAUCGAACACGAAGGAUCCAUUCGGGGAUGAUCCGUUCGCCAAUCUUCACGCUCCUCCGCGUCCGGAAAGUCCUAGUCCUGCUCUUCCACCAAAGAAAGCGAAACAACCACCGCCACGACCAGCUCCGCCACGACCUAGUCAAGGUCCAACCGGUCCGUUGAGAGCUGCGCCAGCUCCUCCAACACCUUCGCCCACUCCGGAUCCAUUUGCAAAUGCGAAUUCUGAUCCAUUUAGUGCUCAGCAAACGAUGAUCGAUAACAAUAACGUCAAUAGCUUCACAUCUUCCACCGGUUUCGCUGAUUUCGCUAACUUUGAUUCCAAGCCGGAACCAAUGCCUAAUCGAACGGCUCCGCCACCAAGAACGACGAAUAGAAGCCACGUAGUACUGACGCAAUCAACGAAGCUGUCGGACUUCACAGAGGAUCCUUUCCGUGACUACCGUUAUGAAGAUCCUUUCAACAUAACGGACCCGUUUGCCGAAGACGAGACUGAGGACGUGAACGCAAACAAGAGCAGCAGCGGCGUGAACAAAACUGCGGCGGCGGAUCCCUUCGGUUUUGAGACAAUUUCUGCUUUUUCGAGUAAAAACGCUUCAGCCAAAGCUUUCGAUAGCGAUUUCUCAAACACCUUUUCACUCGCCAAAGCGAAGAUCGAGAAGAAUGCUAUAACAGCGAAUAAUAAAUUUGACGCUGACUUCGGGAAAGCGUUUGCCACCGAUAACAGGAACAGUCGAGUCAUCGAGACCGAUUUUUCAAAUGCGUUCGCUAAUGUCAAAGCGAAAACGGUCGAUCUUGACGAAGCGUUCUCAGCUAAAGGUGCGAAAAUUGUCACGAAGCGCGAGCCAGACGUUAUGAAAACUAAAACCGCCUAUAACGAGGAGAAGCUUGCGAACGAUUUCAACAAAAUAUGGAAUGGUAAUAACGUGACCAAUUUAUCGGAGGAGGAGCAGUUAGCAUGGGCGGAGAAACAGAGUUUAAAAACGGAACAAGAAAGGCUCAAGCGUAAAGAAAAGGAGGACGCCGAUCUAGCCCUCGCUAUUGAACUCAGUAGGCAAGGGAAAACGGGAAAUGUUUGAGCAUUUCGCUCGAUAAUGCUAUAUUUCUUUAUGUUAGUAUAUUACAUGUAUAUCAUAAUUGUAAAUUCUCGUUAAGUUGCAUGGCAUUUUGCAUCUCGUAAUACUUGCAUCAUGUAAACUUACGCUAUUACGCAUUACGUAUAGAAGCGUAAAAUAUAGAGACAGGUUAUCAGAUUGACAAUAACGUCGAGUACAGAUUUUAAGAGUAUUCAAUGAGAGAAAAAAAGAAAUACGCGUUAUUACGGAUAACGGUGUUUUCUCGGUUGAACAUAAUUAAGCGUGGUGUCUUUACUAAAAUUUCGUAUCUGCCGGUGUGUUUUCACGAGUAGUAACUGCAAAUAAUCGACAAAUGUAUUUUGCACCUUUAAUCAAUUUUGUCUUUAUUCCAUUCAGUUUUUUGUUCUUUUUUAUUUUUUAUUUUUUUUUUCGAUCAAGGCGACGUAUCACGAUUUGAGUUCGUUUUAUGUUUAUCUACGAACGUAUUCGGUAUUCCAGUGUCAUACGAAUAUAAAUAUACGAACGAUAAUAAAUAGAAAUAUAAUAUGAAGACAGAGUUCAUGUUGUAACAGUUAUUCGAUUAUUAAAGCACAGUAACACAAGUAUCAUCAUUAAACGCAUUGUUAUUAAUAUGUAAACGCUAUUAUAAUAAUUGGUAAUUAUUUACCAAAGAUUAUACUUCAAGAAUUAUUUUUAUUUUGAUUAUGUUAUAUAGAUUGAAAUCCUAAAUCAUCUAUGUUUUAAAUCACAUAUGGCAUAUAGUUUCUAAGAUAUAUUAAUUUAAAAUUCCACAAUUUUAUAUCAAAGAUAAUAGGAAUAUGAGCUGCUCUUCGUUACUGUUACUUUAAACAUAUCUCUCUCUCUCUCAUUGUAUUCUCCCUUAUUUACAUAUCUUAUUUAUUACAUGUUUACUUAAUUUCAAAACAGUUUCAACACUUUAUUCUCGAUGCAAUGAAUUGGAAUGUGAUAACAACAAUAAACAACUGAAUGAAAUUAGCUAUAAAAUUGCAACAUUUUAAAGCGAUAUAUAUCAUAGAAAUUAUAUGCGAACUCUACGUGAUUUAGAACACAGAUGACUCAAGAUUACACUCUCUAAUAUAUAUUUAAAUCAAAGUAAUCCGUGAUACGUAACCUUUGGUAAAUAAUCAUCCAGUAAUCGAAAGGAUAUUAUGAGAUUUCAAUUGAUAUUUGUCGUUGAUCACUCAUUCGUCAUUCGGCGUAUGAAAGCCUAGAAUUUCACCAGCUGUUGAUAGCUUUGUGUAAAUGAGAAGAAAACGAAAAAAAAUAAAAUGAGCACACACACUCAAUACUUACACGCACGCGCGCGUACACAUACACACACACACACACAUUGUCGGUAAAUUUUUCGAAGUGUCGAGGUAAUGAUAUCCGCGAUAAUGCCGUCUAAUUCAGCCUUCGGUCUUAGAACGUUCCAAAGAAUAUGGUGUUCGGAGACAGCGUAUCUCUGUGCUUGGCAAAAGAGUUCUAUGCUUCAGUGAUAGAACUUGAAAACCAAUCACAAGAAAUCACGUCUAUCUUGACUAAUACGUUAUAGUAUCGUAUAAUUUCGACAACGACGUUAUAUUUCAUAUAAUGUAUAUAUAUAUAUUAUAUACUCUAUAAAUAUUAAAUCUCGCGAUAAUUCUUGUUAUUGUAAGUUUCUAAUUACCACAUCGCAAUGUUUAGUUAUAAGAUAGUUACGCACGCUGUACGAGAAUGUGUGCUAUCGUAAAGUGUCAUUAAUAAUGUCGGUGCAAAAGGAGACUUGUGUCGUGUAUCGAUGCGUUUUUGUUUAAUUUGACUUGCAUUUACUCAUACAAUUUCGAUUCAGAUUUUAUUUUACCGUCUAAGCGUGUAACGCUUAAAAUAUGUGUGAUUUAUGAGCGAAUGCGCGCGUAUGUAUGUAUGCAUGCAUGCAUGUAUGCGCGUAUGUAUGUAUGUAUGUAUGUAUGUAUGUAUGUAAAUUAUAGAUAUACGUUUAAAGGAUUUCACUAAAAUAAAAUAUGGUAUUUUAAAAGGAUUUCUACCGCGUUUAGUUGACAUGCACGACAAACGGUUUCGACCAAUGAUAAAAAAUUUUUUAAUAUAUUUCAGGAAAAAUAAUUCUAUAUUAACUAAAUUUCCGGAUGGUUAUUCUUCUCGUUUCUAGUUUUUUAUAUUCGGUUCUAUUUUAUUCUUUGCAAAUCACGACGAAAUACGAUGAUGUAUAACACCGCAAGAUAUACAUAUUACACAUAAUUUAUAAGAACUCUGUAAUUAAAUCUAUUGCGUGAAGAUGAUAAAUUAUACGUGAUACACAUAAUGCAUAAUCGCGACUUAUUCGUUUAGAUCGACUACUAUUGUGCACCGACAUAUGCAAAUAAUUUGCACAUAUAUCAUGUAUCGUAAGUAGUAGAUUUCGUAUGUAAAACAACCCGUGCAAGCGAACAGGACGAGUUGAGGAUGCGACGAAUAUGUGGAUUUCAAGAUCAUCAAUAAAUAGCAGCGACAAGAGUCGUAGCAAUGUCACAUAACAGACCCAUUGUGUUUCAUCAUCGAACAUGAUCGGCCGUAUUAAUAGCAAGCGAUCGUUAAUUCAAUCUUUUCGCACCGUUAGUGUUCCACUGGUGUUUUUAGCUGUAAUUUAAUUCGAGGAUCGAUACCAGUGUAAUUUGAGUUGAGUUCGAAUAAAUGUUGCGCGCGUGUGCAUGUGUGUGUAUGUAAAUGGGUGAGUAAAUAUAUAUAGGAGGCGAUAAUAACGAUUCCCGUUUUUAUUUCGUGCGACAUUUGAUAUUCUGUUACACGUAUUCUACUAUAAUCAGAAAUUGAGUUAAGUGAAAGUAUACUGGUCUCAAUCCUCGAUCUAAUAUAUAUAAACAUUCUUUCGUAUGUUCGAUAUUACUAUUUAUAUUGUAUCCCUGGCUAUUUAAUACUCAGUUAACCAGUAUAUACGUAGUUUUAAUGUUCUAAGUUCACUCAAUGUUCGAAGAGGCAGGAUUCGCUUAUUUCGGGCUUCUCUGGUAUGUAAGAUCACCGUCUCAUAACCAUACACGUCGAUAAAUCUCGUAAGCCUAUGUAACGACACUAAAUGCCAUAUGUGUAACUCGACGACUGAAACAAUACCGUGUGUAGCAGUUUAGUUAGCGUUUAAACUGACGGAUUGAUUACCAAAUAAGAGCUAGUAAUGCGGCCGAGCAAGUUGUCCUAUGACUAGUAGAUUCUAUAUACGCAUGUUACUACAGGUUCUUAUAGGCGAAUUCGUAUAUAAGUAACCGUUGAUUUAUUGUUGAAUAACCAUACUUCUUGUAUAUAUAAGUUUAAAUGUAUGAAUUAUCUGUUCACGAAAUUAUACAUUGAUCCUUA